AUGCUCUCUCUGUUCGUGGACCAUAGCCCUGCCAAUCCAAACGAUCCGGAAAAGCAGGACAGGGCAGGACAACCCAAUGAGCAGGUCGACGCUGACUCCAAUGGAGAGGAUCUUGACGAGCAUGAUUCAGGAGGAAUCUCCGAAGAAGAGAGCCCGGAGGAGCAUGCACAAGACGAGGACGGUUUUGAACCCACCCAUCGUGUUUCCACAUCCACAUCCUUGGCGAGUAGCUUCCAGCGAUACUCUCUUCCUCCCUGGCUUGUCAAAAUCAAGGAUAUCCUUUUCGGUAGUCACCCCCAUGAUGACGUUUUCAUUCCUAAUUAUCGGACUUUGCCCAUCGUCUCUGGCAGCCUCAUACCUUUUUCCAUCUUGCUCGAGAUCCCUGGCUUGACCGAGCACUGGUAUGUGCGCACCGAGAACAAUCAGAUUGUCGAGAUCAAGCUAAACUCCGCAUUAUUGGACGUGGCGAUGAGUCUAUCCAUGGCGUGUGCGUUGAUCGCCAACGCGGCUCUGGUCGUUCGCUUCUUGGAGCGGAGAGUAAAGGCGAUGACCAUCAUGUCUGCGGUGUUUCUGACUAUUCAUGACCUGAUCAACGUGGUCACCGUUCUCGUGUUCGGUAUUGAGCAUCGUGCUAAUGACGGUUUCACGUACGGCCAGGCCUACUGGCUAACAGUCUGCUCGACCAUCGUAUCAACGAUCACUAACGUCACUCUUCUGUGGGAUUUCUUCACUACCCCGAAUUUCUCGAGGAGCGGUAGCGGUCUCACUCGAAAGCAACGCUCACUCAUCCUUAUCACAAUCAUCUUCCUUUCUUAUGUGGCUCUCGGUGCUCUUCUUACCUCACUCCUAAUGGACCUCUCCUUCAUCAACGGACUAUUCUUCACCAUUGUCACAACGCUCACAGUCGGGUUUGGGGAUAUCGUCCCAAUCACAGCUGUACAACGUGCCGUCGUGUGCGUCUAUGCCUCUUUCGGGAUUGUCAUCCUCGGCGCAGCAAUCCGUCUCAUCAGCGAAGCGGUCAUAGAAGGGUUAGAAAUUGGCUACCGUCGUAGGGUGCGGCAAUAUAAAAAGCAAAAGCGUCAAAAGCGCAAGGAAGCAGAGCAGGCGAGGAAAUGGCAGCUUGCUAUUGAGAAGAGGCUUAAAGAGCGGAACUUGGACAUAUGGGUGCGGGAUCCGCCGCCUUUGGGACCGGAGGUCGGGAACACACCAUCGAGACUUUCCAUGCCGUCCUUGGACACUCGCUCAUUCCACUUUCCUGUCACAGGCGGGGCGCAUUUGAAUACGGAGGGACUUUUUGCCACAGAGCUGGAGGCAGCAGCUGCCGAAGCUGAUGUCCCACUCGACAAAUUUGUCCAUCAGCGAAUUGCGAGACCAUUGGGCAGGAUACGUGGUGCUACGCACGAUUCUGGGCUCGCCCCUCGUAACCCCAGUCCUGGUAGCGGGUCUGCGCACAGUGCUGCUCCCCUUGAUAUUUCUUCUCAAACUAACGUUGCAGAAGCAUCGAGCAAGACCCGUACCAGAAUGUCUCACUGGUGGACCUUGAAGAAGGUAGAAAAGAUGAAGAAUAAUAUUGAGGACGUUGACUCCCCGAAGGCUUUUGAUGCCGUCAAGAUGUUGGAAAAAGAGGAAAAGAGGAGUCUGUAUACGAAGCUUGCAUUAGCCUGGACUGUAUUUUUGAUAUUCUGGACAGUUGGUUCCGCGAUCUUCUCGCUGACGGAGAAUUGGACAUACGGUUCUGCGAUGUAUUUUUGCUUCAUAGCUUUCACGACCAUUGGAUACGGCGACUUCGCGCCUGUGACUCCAGCAGGCCGUGCUAUCUUUAUUUUUUGGGCAUUAUUGGGUGUGGGUGCCAUGACGGUCCUAAUUGCUGUCAUUUCCGACGCCUUUUCCUCCAAAUACAGGAGCGUGAUGCAUGACAGGUCUUUUGAUAAAGCCAUUCGACGUUAUCGUCAGAAGAACCGAAAGUCGAGCAGAGACAAUCGUCCCCCACCCGUGCCAGCCCCGGCUUCAGAAUCUCAGACUCUCGGUCGAGCUAUCCAAGCGAACAUAGGGAGUUUGGCGGCACCACCUUCUACUCCACCUACCACAUCCACUCCCCGCUCUCAAGUCACGACUUUACGAGAAGCAGAACAACGUCUAUUGGACCGGUUCGAGGCGUUCCCAGAACUAAUAUUUGAACAAGUAAAGAUGCUCCGAGAGCACAUGAAGUAUUUUCUCGUGACCAAUGGACAUGCGACGUCAGAGGGGAUGGGGGCACUGCUUGAUCCUCAGGGCAUCGCCAAUCUGAAGGAUCAAGAAGUCCCCGACGAUAUGAAGAAGCUCUUGAAUGAGAUUGCGCAGCAGGAAGGAAUGAGUGAGAGGCUGAAGGGCGAAGUAUGGCAGGACGCGACAGCGCGCAACACCUUGUUCUUGUUGAGCAUAGAGAAAGGAGUUCGCAAGAUGAUUGAUGCAGCAGAGACUGCUUUGGUUAUGAUGGAACAACGAGACCGCCUCAUCUCCGCUACUCAUGAGCGCCCCCCAAAUUCCACCCUUCCUUAGCCUAGAAGAGCUCUAGCAGGAGGUCUGAUGUCUUAUUCCAGGUUUGUUGAGGAUAAUUAUUUAUUUGGAAGACGCCCCCUUUCUUUCCUCGUGUCUACAUUCUUUUUACCAAGGACAUUGGGAUAUAGUGCAGAUGGUAUAGGUUGUGUCCGGAGGGGGGGCUAUUUGUAUCUUAUUCGCCCUGAC